AUGUCUAUUCUGGAUAAAGUGUGCUAUCAGCUGCAGCUCCAUUCAUUCACUGAGCAGCUGAUAGUAAGAAGAGAAUAUCUAUUAUUCUAUAUCAUCUGUGAUCUGAUCAAAAUUCUUUUUGAAAUGGCCAAUAACCAGGACAGUGCUCCAUUGAGUCCAAAUAGUUAUCUUGCUUUGUCUCAUGAAGAAAGAAGAAGUAUAAUGAUUGCUCAGCUAUUGGCAAGAUUUGAGGGGAAUGAAACGGAGCAAGCAUUCACUGCAAACCCAACCUAUGAAGACUAUCCGGAAAGCGAAGAACCAGAAUUUGGUGUAGAUAGAAUUGGUAAUACAACUUGGUGUCACUGCGGUUGUUGCCGAACUAUGCCAACACAAAUAGAGUCUGUGUGUUGCAGGGACAUCGAGCCUGUUAGAGAAAGUAUACCAGAAGGAAGUAAUUGUAUAAUAUUUGCUCCAAUGUUUAUCUCGCAAAUAGCAACAGAAGCCCAUGUGAGACUCACUAAUAAUUUCAUGUACCUUGAGGAAAGACCACUUGUAGAUGCCGAUAACAACAGAAGAUUGAGGAAAACGGCUUACCGUUUAUUUAUAACUUGGAUUUACGGUUAUUUAGGAAAGGGAAACCGUAGAGUCAUCCCGUCGUGUGCUGUCAAAAAAAUUAGAGAGGUUUUCCCUGAUCCAAAUGCAACUUAUGUUGGAUUUAAAUAUUCACAGGAUUACGAUGCCGCAGAAAUGGCAUUGGAUUAAAUAAAAAAUAAUUUUUUUAU